CCACGUAGCAUCAUGGCCACAUACAGCGACAUCAUUUCUCUCAUCAGCUCUGUUGCUUUGCGCUUCAGUUGCUGGGUGUUUCUCAGAUGGAUACCAACCACCAUUGUCCCUCCGCUCGCGACUGCUCUCACCCUCGUCUAUGUGCCCUCCUUCUUCCAGAGCAUCCAAGAUACAAGCCCAUUCAAGGUCAUCACCGAUGAGCUUGACAUCGUGGUCAAAGAGGCCAUCGACAGCACAAACUCUGACUCGGACGUCGACUUGAUAGAAGGAGCCGAAGAUGGCCCUCUCAAGGAAUUGGACGUGGAGGAGACAAUCCAAUACGAGGAGCGGCAGCCAAAAAUACUUCGCACCCUGCUCACCGGAAUGCCGAGUCCAUCCUCUCUCGUGUGGAGCUGGAUUACUUUUGGCAUCAAUAUGGCAUUGUUAGCCAUGGUUGCCGACGUCAUUUUCCGUGCGCCGGUGCUGCAUUCAUGUAAGAACGCAUCUUUUGGUCGCUUGGGUUAUGUCUCCGAUACCAGUGCCAAUAUCCUGGUCAGGGAGCCAUACGCUUUCGACAUCAGGGUUCUUUAUCGGACGGUGGAUGAGCAGCCUCGCUCGUGGAUGCACAAGACCCUGCCCGCAAGCCAACCAGAUUAUUGGCUGACCGGAGACACCGACUUCACUUCUGCCGUUCAACUCGACCACUUGCGCCCGGACACGCCUUACGAAUACAUCAUCGAAACUUCGAGCGGAAAUACCACCGGAUCCUUCACAACUCCUCCCCGCCCAGGACACAUAUCGCUCCGUAGAGACGACAAAUUCACUUUCGUCCACUCGAGCUGUAUCAAGCCACGCGUGCCCUACUCGCCAUUCCAGCAUGCACUCCAAUUCCCAGGAAUGGACCACCUCGCUCGAUGGUUGCCUCAACUCCGUCCCUACUUUAUGCUUUUCUUAGGUGACUUCAUCUACAUUGACGUGCCCCAGCGAUUGGGUGAAGAAGCAGAACAUUAUCGUCGCGAGUACCGACAGGUUUAUUCGUCCCCGUCUUGGCCUGCCGUCAGCGAGAAUCUUCCGUGGAUCCAUGUUAUUGAUGAUCAUGAGAUCCAAAACGAUUGGAGUGGGAAUAUGACUGGUGUAGCAGUACCCGCGUAUGACGCAUUCGAACACUAUCACGGGUCUGUCAACCCACCUGUGCAUAGAAAAGGGCAUACCUAUUAUAGCUUCACCCAAGGUCCAGCUGAUUUCUUUCUUGUGGAUACGCGUCGAUACCGCAGCCCUGCCAACCCUGAUCCCAACGAUGAGUCGAAGACUAUGCUGGGAGAAACUCAACGGGAGGACCUGCUGGCUUGGAUUCGCAAAUCCCCACCCCGCGGGGUUCACUGGAAGUUCAUCGUCACAGGGGUUCCUUUCACCAAGAACUGGCGGUUUGGUACCGAGGAUACCUGGGGUGGCUACUUAGCUGAACGGCGAGCGAUUCUGGAAGCAGCCUGGGAGCUCAGUUCCACAGAGGGCGUCGGUGUCGUCAUUCUCAGCGGUGACCGCCACGAAUUUGCCGCCACUUCAUUCCCCCCGCCCAAGGACUCCGAGUGGCCCGUCAGCGCGACGGUGCACGAGUUCAGCACCAGUCCCUUGUCCAUGUUCUACCUUCCCUUCCGCACGUACAGCGAGAUGGACGAGGAGGAUGUGUGCAUCAAGUACCUCCCCGACGGUAAUAGCAAGUUUGGGGCCGUCGACAUCACCGCUCCUGGUCAUAGCGAGCAGAGCUUGCUGAACUACCGACUCUUCAUUGAUGGUAAGGAAGCUUGGACUCAUGUCAUUUCUACGCCACCUCUUCGAGACGGGAGCAAGAGGGCCAAAGACGCUGUGUGGGCCUGA